GGGAGCUGAAGUCCUCCAUUUUGAGCCUGACCCAGCAGCAGCAUUUGACGUUUUGUUGCCUUUAGCUCUUGUUUUGGGCAUGCCCUAGAUUUUUCCAUGCAUGUCCUCCAUUUUGAGCAGGACCAAAAAGCAUGCAUUUAUAUUUAUAUUGCUUUUAGCUUUUAUUUUUAUCAUGUCCUCCAUUUUGAGCAUGACCAAGAAGCAGAGAUUUACAUUUACGUAUAUUGUUUUAGGUAUUAUUUAGUCAUGUCCUAAAUUUUUCCUUGCAUGCCUUCCAUUUUGAGCAGGACCAAGAAGCAUGCAUUUAUAUUUAUAUUGCUUAUAGCUUUUAUUUUUAUCAUGUCCUCCAUUUUUCUUUGCAUGCCCUCCAAGAAGUAGGGAGGAAAGUUUGCAAGACACAGACUCCAGGGUCAAUGGCAGCUUGUGACCCCGGCCAGCUGAGUUUUUCAUGCAGACUGGGCCUAGUGGUCAGAGCCAACCAAGAGGCAGUUGCUCACAAGCUUACAAUAGAGAGAGGUUUGCAAGACACAGAGAGAGAGCUUGUGAACCCAGCCAGCUGAGUUUUUUAAUAUUAUUUUUAGCUAUUAUUUAGUCAUGUUCUACAUUUUUCCUUGUCCUCCACUUUGAGCAUGGCCAAGAAGCAUGUAUUCAUGAAUGUUUUCAGCUUUUUACUUUUUAUUUGUAACAAUCAGAAAAUACAUAUAUUGCAGCGCCCAAUCACCGCAGAAUUGUCCGCAGCGCAGCACUGCUGCCUGAGUUUCAGUUUGUUCUGUGAUUUCAGUGAUUCCUCUGUUUUUGGAGCUAUUGUUCCAAAUGACUGUUCCAACUGGCUACUACUAUCUUAUUUUUAUUUUGUGCCUAUUUUCUUAUUAAUACGCAGCAAUUGCUUGUUUCUCCCCCUGCGUCCAAAGACCAUGGAGAAUCCAGACACCAGGACUGAAGUGGUUCUUCUCGCAUGUGGGUCUUUCAAUCCAAUCACCAACAUGCAUCUUCGACUCUUUGAACUGGCGAGGGAUUCCUUGCAUGAAACAGGGAAGUACAAAGUGGUGAAAGGGAUCAUUUCACCUGUGGCGGAUGCCUAUAAGAAGGAAGGCCUGAUCAGCGCUAGGCACCGGGUGGCCAUGGCAAAGCUUGCAACCAAGAACUGUGACUGGGUGGAUGUGGACGAUUGGGAAAGCAGGCAGAAGAAAUGGCAGGAGACCGUCAAAGUCCUCAGGCAUCACCAGCAAAAGGUGAGGAAUUUGUAUUGCGCUUCAACCAUUGAAGAUGCCACUCCUCAGAAUAAAGUGGGCCAGAAGAGGAAGCGGGAGACAGGAGACCAACCCUCUGUCAGGGGAAACCAGCCACAAACAAAAGCUGUCCCUCAGGUGAAGAUGCUGUGCGGGGCGGAUGUCCUGGAAUCAUUCAGCGUCCCCAAUCUGUGGAAAGCAGAAGACAUCAAAGAAAUCAUAAACAGCUAUGGCCUGGUAUGCGUCACCCAAGCUGGGACGGAUAGGAGGACAUUUAUCUAUAAUUCGGACCUUCUAUGGGGACACAAGGAGAAUAUUCAUCUGGUGGAUGAAUGGAUCGCCAACGAGAUCUCGGCCACCAAGAUCCGGAGAGCCCUGAGGAGGGACCAGAGUGUCAGAUAUCUGAUACCUGAUCCCGUUUUAAAUUACAUCAAGCAAAACAACCUAUACACUGUGGAGAGUGAAGAACAGAAUAAGGGAUCCUAGCUCCUAAAAAAGCCGUGGAUACAGAGGGCUGACUGUACAACUAAAGGAUUAUAAAUGUUGCAUAUUUGAAAUGAGACAAAAAAUUAGGAAGCAUCAAUCCCUCUCUCCAGAAAAGGUGGGGAAGAGGGGACCAAUAGGACCAGUCAGCACUGUUUUUAGCAGAGGUGUCUGAAGGCGAGGAAGGGUACUGUUGCCAAGGGACCAGCAGUGGUCGUGGGUUAGUGUCAGAAAGGGCUUGAAGGCACACAAAUGGGGCAAGUGACACUCUCUCAGCUUCAAGGGAUGCUAGUGGCAACCCCCCUGAAGAAACCUUGCCAAGAAAACCCCAGGAUAGAUUCAGCUUUGGGUUGGAAAGGAUUUGUAGGCACACAACACACACAGAGAGAGUCUUGUUGGCCGUAUAACAACAACCACAACCCCUGAGGAGGCUGAUGGUGAAGUGCCAGGGAGCCCAAGCAGGGCCCAGAAGAGAGCCGAAAAACCUGCGUUGGCAGUGCUCGAGAAGGGGCUAGCUGGAGCAGAAGCAUGACGAAACCGCACUAAGGAAGGCAAUUCUUUUGGAGGCUACAAGGGUAGCCAGGUAAGCAUUGGGGACUUUGGAGGAGGGUCCUCACGUGGCCCUCAGGUCCCUCUAGGCACCCAGAGAUUAGCACUCACUCUCCCCCUCAAAGCGGCCUGGGCCUUAGCAGCCAUUUUGGAGCCCUUCUUCGGAUAAUAAUCAAACAUUGGAAGGCAAUGUUGAGAAUCAAUAACCAAGCAGGAUCUGCCGUGUCUUGUCUUUGCACCUACCUUUGACAAAAUUAUUUGGGGGGGGGGGAGGACUCAGGAUUAGUGAUUAUUUGGCCAGCUGGCACAUUUCUCCGUGUCGAUUGUGUUGUCAAUGAUGACUGUAGCAUGUCGGGUGACCAAUACAAAUACAGGGAAUUGUUAUUAUGGGCCUGUUACAGACAGGCCAAAAUAAAGCUGCUUCGAGUCACUUUAGAGCUUUGGUAUUUCAAUGAUGCA